CGCCCGGCGUCGUCGCUGGUCGGCCAGUCCGCUCGGCGCUCUCUGCAGUACAGCGUAACGGGUCCGCCGCUCGCAGCCGCGCCGUGCCCCCGCAGCGCCCAGCUCCACCCCGCACUGCACGCGCGCAGCCGACGCACAGCAGAAUCAGCUACCACACAGAGUAAUCAUCAGGUCGGGAAACUCCUGCUUUCACCAUUGCCAGCCGACAUGACAUGAAGAAUAAGAAGCAGGUUCCGGCCCCCAACGAGUACAACACAAGACAACUGACAAACAAAGGGAAGGACAUUGCCCCGUCACGCACCAUUGCUGGCCGGGCCAAGGACCCGCAGCCGUACAAGACGCCGGCGCCCGGCACGUACGAUUUGGAUGACGGCUCGGUGGUGGAGUCAUCACCGCGCUACAGCUUUGGCGUCAAGACCACCAUGGAGCAUCCCAACGGCGUACCCGCGCCCAACGCGUACGACAUGCCAGACUCGCUGGGCCAGGAGACGCCGCGCUACACGAUCCGCGGUCGCGGCCGCGACGAGGUGGACGAGCGCGUCAAGUACCCGGCGCCUUGCCAGUACGAGCCGGCCAAGGCGGACGCGGCGCUCAACAAGAGCCCAGCCUACUCGCUGCGGGACCGCACCGCGCUACCGAUGGACCGCACCAAGAAACCCGGACCCGGUGCCUACAACCUCGACGACAAGAGUGUGAAGGCGCGGGACCCGCAGUACUCGUUCGGCCUGAAGCACUCGCCGUACGUGGGCUCAUUCAAGCCGGGCCAGGCUGAGGGGACCGUGACGCUGCAGACGUCGGCGGUGCGGCCGACAGACAAGGUGCUGCGCGGCGGCGAGGUGGUGCGCGUGACGCCCGAGGGCCUCACGUGCCGCUGGGUGGACCGCGGCCUGUCGCCCCGCUCCAGCGGCACCAGCAGCCGCACAAUGGAGACGCGCGUCAACAGCGACGGCUCGACAACCACCCGUCAAACGACCAGCAUGCACCGCACUGUCCAGAUGAGCAUGUGAAGCCGCCCGGCUGUGCGGCGGUCCCAGCGCUGACGACGGUCCCGAGGGUACCGGCGGCGCCGACGACACCACACGACAACUAGUGGAGCAGGCAGCUGUGUGCGUCAUAAGGCUACCUGCCAGCGCGGCAGUUAACGCUCACUAAAAGUGCGAUUAGCUGGCCGAUACCAGGCAUCACGUAAAGAGUAACUUGGUCGAUGGUAAUUGCUUUAGCGGGGUAUUUAUGUCCGAAUAACGUUGUAGGCUCUGCCAAAUAAGCAUUUCUAGACCUUCCGGCCGCUAGGCAGGGACAGCAACGUCUUCCACAUUAUUUUCUGAUCUGUGUGAGGUACUAACCAAUAAGAUAAUAUCUGGUUGCACGAAUAUAUAUAUAUAUAUAUAUAUAUAUAUAUAUAUAUAUAUAUAUAUAUAGGCUUCAUCGAAAGCUGAGUAGUAUUGAACUGUGACAAUGUUUCUGUGAAAUCAUUCGAUGUUUCUGAUAAGCCUUUUUGGGUCGGAUUGAAAUCCGAAUAUUGCAUCACCAAGCUUGCUCAUAUAAUAAGUCGUAUCUUGGUCAUAUAUUCAUUAAAAUGUCACGUUUGUGCCUAAUCAAUGAACCAUUAUCAGAUCUGGUAUGUCGUACGCGAUCGAAAAAACACUUCACAGUUUUGAAUGAUUUGAGCUAGCAAAUUAAAUGUCUCAUGAAAUAAGCUGUGAAAGGUUGUAAUCAUGGAAUAUAAAUAAACAUGCUUAGAGUUAGCUCAGGCGCGUCGUGUAUGACUUAACGUAUGAACUUAUCAUGUCUUGUUAACUUAUUUCACAAAUAUAUUGUUCCCUUUUCAUACAAAUCAACCAUACGACCGUCUACAGCAUAUCAUAUCUGUUUACGAAUGGCUUAAGGAUUAAGCCAAAACGUACCGCUUUAAUGAAUAUAUGACCGAUAUGCAACCUGUUAUACAAGUCAUCUUGGAGAUUUACUCUUUGGAUUCAAACCGACACAAAAAGCUAAUACAAAACGUCGCCAGGCAGAAUGGAAAAAAAGCCCACAGCUACUUGCUUGUCAAUGAAACGUACUUAAAAUGGAUAUUUUGGACUAGAUACGCGAAUAUAUAUAUAUAUAUAUAUAUAUAUAUACGCAUACGGCUGCAUAAAUGUAUCUGUAUUAAAAGACAAAUAAUGGAAAACUUUAGCAUACUGCCCUUAGAAGGAUAUCAUUCUAACGCUAGAUCCACUUGUGAUGUACGACUGGCCAAUGUUUUUUGUCCUUGGAAAUGUAGUAUUCCUGAGAGUGUUUCUCAAGACAUCUUGCUGCGGGCAAACAAAAAGCACCUGUCCAUGACCCGCUGCUGCAACGGCAAUAUCACGUUCAGCUGUCUGCUUCAAAACAUUCCUAAGACUGCCGUGCCCAAGCAAUGUGUCACAGUAACCUUUUUAAUUCGUCUUGCGGCUUCGCUUUAUUAAGUGCAGUUUUCUUGAACUGCAACAUUGCAAUUGGAUGUGCUAAACCUGGAUAAUUUAUAUAAGGCGAUGUGUAGAACCACGAUUAAUCUGAAUCGCACCUUUAGUCGCUCAUCUGUAAAAUGUCCCACUGAUUUGGAUGAAGCGAAAGAAGCAUGCGUUGAAACGUUCAAAUGCGUCUCCGUUCAUUCCGGCCGCUAACCGCGUCAACAGCAACCGCAAGCGACGCCAGGCAGGUGUGGCAUCGCGACAGACUAUGUGGGUUGGCUGUGUAGUCAAGGCCUUCAGCACGAGUGUUUGUACGUAACAUGUUGCGACGGUUUUUUAGUAGCCCAACGUGGAUAAGGUCUCUUGAUUUCAUACUGUCGCAGAAGAACGAUGCUAUUCGUGGUUGGGGUCGAUGUUGUUUAUAACCAUGCUGAGGCCCUGCUAACCCUAGUGUAGGGGAUCCAAUCAUGCCACAGCGCAAUCCGAACAUCGUAUUGACCUUCACAUCUCUAACAAACUCGAAGUUAAUUGGGUUAUGCGUCCGGUGUACUUGUAUCGUGCGUAAGAUGUUUGUCCGAUGCGGUGGCGGCUUUGUUGGUUCUGUAUAUCGGGAGUGCGUGAGACCCGGUUUGACGCCUUCGGAAGAGAGCGAAGGGCGCGUAGGGGGAGGGGAGAGUCGACGGCGCGCAACAGCCGAAGAUCAACAGCACCUGUCGCACUAUUCGACCAAUCGCAGCUUUGUUCGGCCCAAACGUGUUUGCUUGCAGCGUGGAAAACAGCGCUCCUGCUGCGAUGGCCCAGAUGGGCGGCCGUCUGCAGCUGGCUGUGUCUAAUGGUCACUACAGCACGGGAAGCUUUCCUGCAGACGUUGACCGGGCCGCUCCAUUUAACAUAAGUCGUUGUCCUCCGAAAGACUGGUCUACGACCAAUACCGUGAGCUAGCGGCAACGAACGGGCACUUCUGCCUUUCUGCACCUGCCGAAUUAUGCAAAACCGGUGUAAAGUAUGCCGUAUUCUGGACUAAACGUGCCUUGAACUGAAAGCUGUGUUAAACUAUGUUUUAUGCUUAAUCCAUAUGAUGGUGCGAUAUAACAGCCUCUUGCGUAAGCCCCACUUCUGUUCGUACCUUUCGAAUGGAUUAAAUGUGUUCGUUUUUUCUGUACGGUUUCCAUGUGGUCAGGCCUUAGUAAUGGUGGGAUACAUAGUAAAUAACCCAGGCCUCAUUCAUCAGACCACGCAGAUCAAAUUGGUCCAUUAAUGAAUGUUAAGGUGUCAAGUGAGGUUAGCGUGUCAGGCAACCGUCAUUAUCGUGCCACAUUAUCGAGCCAGACGGCAUCGUUUCUGGUGACCCGUCCGGGUGGCAUAGUCCAAAUACCAGCGCCUACUGCGGUUAAUAUGGUUUUAGGGACUUAUCCUGUUUCCAGCGCAGCUUUGCGUCACACGGAGCUGAUAGCACUAUCAUGAGGCAGCGGUAUGUUGCCUUUACGACUGUACCAUUCCCCUGCGAUGCAUCGCUUAUGAAUAAAUAUCCACCUUUAGAUAUGUGUUGACGACGGUGGUUAAUAUGGGAUUGAAAGACAAAGGAUGUGAUAGGAUCAGUCACCGUGUAUUAUGUUUUACCUACUAAUAAAGCUACUUUUAUCA